UGGGCCUAAUGAGCGGGUUCCCAACCGUCGAUCAAACCCACGAAGAAGAAAACUACCAACAUUGAAGAAGAGCGCGGGGGGCCUGCUGGAAGUAUAACGAGCACAGCUAUUCACAGCACUGUUAGGGCGAUUUGUCCCGCAAUGAGUCCCCUUUGUAGACAGGCUCAAAACGAGCUGUUUUCCCCCAGACCAUGGUAGAUAAUCGGUAUGCCACAGCUCUGGUCAUCGGGUCGGUACUGAGCCUGCUGGCCACAGUGUACCUGUCUGUGGCUGUGGGGACUCAGCAGUGGUACCAGUAUAGCAGUCCGCCGGUGAAACAGGAGGGCGGCAACGCCUCCGAGCUCAGAGAGGAGUUCAUCAAUGGGGACUUUGACGAGAAGACCUACAGUGACACCAUGUUCCGGCUGAACGGCACUCUGGGACUGUGGUGGAGGUGCAUCCUGGUGCCCAGCCAGUCCCACUGGUUUAAAGAGCCAGAUCCCAAGAUGGAGACCCAGUGUGUGAGCUUCACUCUUCCUCAGCAGUUUAUAUCAAAGUACAAAUACCCUGGAAACCCCAACAGUGAAGAAGAUCUGCUGAGAACAUAUCUCUGGAGAUGCCAGUUCCUCUUGCCCUUGGUGUCUCUGGCCUUGGUGUUCCUCAGCGGCCUCAUUGGGGUCUGCGCCUGCCUGUGCCGGAGCUUCACCCCCACCUUGGGUGUUGGGGUGCUCCAUCUUCUCGCAGCUGGUGAUUAUCAAACUUCAAACUACAGUGAUGCUUCUGCUCUUCUGCUUGUGAGGUCUGUGCUCUCUGGGCACCGUCUGCUGUUUCUUGGCGGGGGUGGAUUUGCUCCACCAGAACUCCACACCACCAGAAGGGGUGGAGGGCUCGCUGGGCUGGUCCCUCUACCUGGCCCUCGUCUCCUUCCCUCUGCAGAUGAUGGCAGCUGCUUUGUUCCUGUGGGCGGCCAGGAGUCACCGCAAGAACUACACCCGCAUGACUGCUUACAGGGUUGCAUAAAAGAGAGAGACUACUCUAACAACAGUAUAUUGUAUCUUAAAACAGCCUACUGGUCUGAGGACUUAAUUACAAAACUUUUGUCUUAUGAAAGGAUGUGAAUUGAAUGAGGUGACUGUAACUCCUUCUCUUUAACAGUCUUUUAUAUAGAAAAAACAAAUUACAUGGUAUCACAGAUCUUAAGGCAGGAAUAAACUAAACCAGACUGCAGCUAAUCAUCAUAAGUGCUCAUAAACUAUACCUAUAACUUUGAGUUGUGUUAUCUCGCCUUUGUUUUUUUAGCAUCUCCAGCCUGUAUCUUAUCCAAAGCAUGUUUUUAAUGUAUUUUAACACCCAGAUGUUAGGGAUCAUUUGUUAUCUCCGGUUUUAACUGUGUCACUGUGCAGUACUUGAUUGCCUUCUUUUCGGUUGCCAUUGCUUCUAAAGCUGCUCACCCGUUGCCCUUAAAUCAGCUAUAAACGUGCACUGUCACAAAUAACACACCCAAACUUAUCGAAGUUGGGAUAUCUUUCUGUAAUAGUGCAUGAGAAAUAUUACAUAAGACUAUAUUUUUGAUUUUUGAUGUUUUUUUGUUCUAUUUUUCCAUAAUCUUAAAUAUCGAGCCUUUGCUGUGCAUGCCUUUUAAAUCGAUGUUUCCAUCAUCUGUGGUACUUGAUUUCUGUCUGUGGUAUGUGUUUAUUAAAUGUCACUCACUAAAAAUGUAACCACUCAUCUUCCAUUGUCGCCUGUGUUUAUAAAUCUAAUAUUUAUUAAGGCAGUUCAUUUGAAUGUUAAAAAGACUGAAUUGAUUUGAUGCCACUCGACCAAACCUGUGACCUCUUUGGUGCUGAAACAUUAGAAUUUAAAUGUUACAGACUAUACUACUGCCAUUUUACAUUCGCAAUGAUGGAAUUUCACUAUUUAAAACUGCUGUUUGUUAAUCCCACGGUUAGUUCUCUGUUCCUUUAGAGCUCAGACUCAGGAGUUGGUGAUACCCCAGAGUCAAGGAGACUUUGAAUAACAGUUGAAUUUGCAAUAUUUUCACUUGCAAGUGCAAACCAUCCUGUAUCUACAUCUUUAUACUUCACACUUGUCUGGAAAGUGAAUUAAUUUACUACUUUUUUGGGUCUCAAAUUCCAAAAUAACUAAUUGUACCAGCACCAGAAUACAAAUUGUGAUAUCUUUGUAUCACAGUGUUUUGUUACAUGUCUGAUAUGUAUACGCUAUGGCUUUUGUAAAUGUUUUUAUCUAUUCUGAAACACACUGUACUUGUUUCUGUAUUAAUAAAUUCGACAGUUUCUGA